AUGACGCAGUCUGGCAAGCCUACCGCAGGCGUGCUUCAGAUCCCGGCCGCUGCGACACAGAAGUCAGCCUCGGCAGCUCCAGCAAAAAAGGCAUCCAAGCCUCCGGCCCCGCGUCUAAAGCUUUUGGUCCGACGCUUGCCCCCGGGACUGACGCAGACCGAGCUGGAAACUACACUUGGGGACGAAUGGAAAGUUGGAGCGGGGAAAGUCGAUUGGUUGCAGUACAAGCCGGGCAAGGUAUCGAAGGACCCCGCCAAACCAUCUCGGCCGUCCCGGGCAUAUCUCCGUGUUGUAUCUAGCGAACACAUUGCACCACUCUCGGACACGGUGCGUCAGGCAUCAUUUCAGGAUGCCGGUCAUACUUCCCACGAUUCUGUACUCCUGGGACCUCCAACGCUCGAGUUUGCCCCCUACGCCAAAACCCCCGGCAGCCGCUCGCGCAAAGAUGCUCGCCAGGGGACAAUUGACCAAGACCCGGACUUCAUUACCUUCCUCGAGAGCUUGACCCAGCCGAUCACCAAACCUGCCCCAAUGGAUUCUGCGGAUGGGGACGAGAAAAAGAAAGAGACGGCGGUGACGACUCCGCUGGUGCAGUUUAUUAAAGACAAGAAGGCGAGCAAGGCCAAGGACAGCACAGGCUCCAAGUCCUCCAAGCAUAGCCGGUCGGAGAAGGAAUCAAAGCAGGAGAAGGUCCAGGCCAAGAAGCUGCUCCAACGGCCAGACAAGGAAGCCACGGCUACAGACAAGAAGGCGAAAAGCGACAAGCCGACCAAGGAGUCGGCGAAGGCAGCCAAGCAUGGAGGCACCACCGCCACCAAAACUGGUAAGGCGGGUACUGGCCCAAGUGCAACGAAAGAAACCACCGUCCCGGCGGCCGCAGAGCGGAAGAGAGAGCGAGGAAACGUUGCCGCUGCAACCAAAAUUCUCCAACGCGACCUCGGGCUCUCGCCUGCCGGUGGGCGACGUCGCGGCAAGGGUGGUUCGACGGAAAUUGGAUCUCCAAAGAACGAAAGUUCGCGAGACUCGUCCGUUCCGUCAAUCCAAGGAAAUAAAAAGGACCAGACGUCCAAGCCAGCCAGGAACACACCCACUACGUCCACUGCAAAAUCCAAGGAUGGCGAGUUCCCAUCCUCUCGAGCAUCCGAUGCUGCCCCGACUCCUCCGACUACGCAUGCACCAGCCAAGGCCCCCAAAGGUAAUGCUAAAGCCAAGCCUACACCCAGUCCGACCCCCACGGCGACUCAAGCAUUCCUCAAACACGCCAAUCCUUCGCAGGGUGUCACUGAGGCGCUCUUGGAGACGGCGUUCAGUCCAUUUGGAGCCGUGCUGAAGGUGGAGAUCGACAAGAAAAAGGGAUUUGGGUACGUGGAUUUCGCAGAGCCCCCGGGGCUGCAGCAGGCGAUCGCAGCAAGUCCCGUGUCGGUGGCGCAGAGCCAGGUGGUGGUGUUGGAGCGCAAGGCCAACCCAGCGGAGAAAUCGCCCAAAGGUCAGAACGACUCGCAGUCGAAUGGCAGCAAGCCGAAGACUGAAGGCAGUGGAUCGGCGCGAGGAUCUCGUGGACGCGGGUCACGGAACAAGGCAUCGAAGGGGGAGCACCGGGCGAGGAGAAAUCGGAAAAUACAUCGUAGCCUAAGAUUUCAAUUCACAACGCCACAAUACGCGGAAAAUCUGAAUGCAAAACCAAAUACCACCGAUCACACACUAUAUCAGGAAAAUAGGAUUGAGGAAAGAAAAAUUCAUUCAAACAAUCAAUUUAACUAG